AUGAACAAUGCGGGCGCGAAUGAUGUCGCUUUGGUAUGCCUCCUCUAUUUGUUGACCAACGGUCCAGCCGGUUUUCUUAACCUUGGGUAUCUGGAUGUUCGCAAGAGUGGGGUACUCAUUGAUAUUGGAGGUGGUCCAGAUGCAGAAUGCGACGACGUAUCCAUGGUUUCGGCAACACAUGCGGAUAACGUUCCUACAGUGGUGCCAUAG